UUUGAAUUAAUUCAAUGAAUUGACAAACUAGACAGUAAUUCAAUAUUAACUGUCGUUCGAUUUAGAAUGUUAUCUCGUAAAAAUAAAGACUUAAGAACUAUAAAGGAAGGGGUGGUAGGAAAAUAUGUUAAGAAAGAAGCCCCGCCAGAAAUACCUAUCAUAAAUGUUUGGACAACAGAGCCUAUGAAGAAAAAUAGCAAAAGAAAUCAAAGGCCUGAGUCACCAGCAUUGCAAGUCAGCAGCCAACCUAGCAUUGCAAACCAAAAGUUUAUCAACGGUCGAGUCCCAGGAUCUUAUACCACUCUCCUGGGACACGAGGGGAAAUACACUCCAAGUAGUUCAGUUCCUGACCUAGCUCAAAGGUUUGCAAGCAUGUCAAUUGCAAGUUCUGAUCAGAAUGUCCGUAUAGCACAUCCUAUGUAUGGAGCUAGUAUCAUACCCACCAUGAGUCAUACCUAUAUCAACCAAUACACUGGAUCAGAGUAUAAUCUCGACAAGCAACAAGCAACUCCACAGAUGAGCUCAGGAUGGGUGCCAGCGGAGUUACCAUCACCAGGACUACAUCCCCUGCGGUAUAGUGAGGCUCCUGCUUAUCAUCAUCCUCACCACCCCCACCACCAUCAUCAUCAUCCUCACGUCGAUGACUACCGCAUCACUGCCUAUCAACAGAUGCCAUUCAACCAAGCUAUCCUGCCAGCCCAUGCACUUCACCCUCGUCACUCCACACACAAUCUGUCCCAGAGUCGCGGACAGCCACCUGGAGCUGGAUUAGAUUCAUCAGAAGAGAUGCCAUUACCUCCUGGAUGGUCUGUUGAUUUCACACUGCGAGGGCGCAAGUAUUACAUUGACCACAACACUAAGACCACCCACUGGAGUCACCCCUUAGAGAAAGAAGGUCUACCUACUGGAUGGGAGCGGAUUGAGUCCCCUGAAUAUGGUGUAUACUACGUUAAUCACAUCACCAGGGCUGCGCAGUAUGAACAUCCGUGCGCUCCUCACUAUAUCUAUCAGCCUGAGUUGAGGAUUCAGCUAGAGGUUCCUCGCUUGCUUGCCUCUCCACCUCGCCACACACAUUUUCACCCUCAUAGUGUCUUGGUUCCAGCAAAUCCUUAUCUAAAUCAAGAGAUUCCUCAUUGGCUGAGUGUUUAUUCACGAGCAUCUGCAGAACUGGAUCACAAGUUGCGGUGGGAAAUGUUCCGUCUUCCUGAGUUGGACUGCUUCAAUGCAAUGCUGACUCGCCUUUACAAACAGGAACUUGAGGAAAUAGUUAUGCGAUAUGAAGCUUACAGAGCAUCACUUCUUUGUGAAAUGGAGCAGAGAAUGAAUGCUGCUCGUGUUAUCAAGAGUGGAAAUAAUGGUCCGAAGGUGGUAGAGCUUACAUCAGAUGUGUUGAAGGAGACAGCUCUCUCGCAUCAGUCAGAGACCAAAGUUUAAACAGUUUUGUGAACAAUGCAUCACACUGAAGGUGGUGGACCAUACAAACAGAUUUGUUGAAGGAAGUAUUUACACCAAAGUUUAAACCGGUUCGUAGUGGAUCCAGUAAACAAAACCUAGAGUACCGGUAGCAAAAUGUAGAGCAUGGAAGAUAGUAACAUUUUAAUUCCAGAUGUAUGACAGUACAGUAGAACGUCAAUAAUCCAGACUAAUUGGGACCGAACCCCAUCCGGAUUAUCAAAAUAUCCGAAUGAUUGAAAUUACUUUGGUGGUGAGCUCUUGUUUUGUUUCUCCAGCCAUGUCAUCAAUGUCUCUGCUGCCACACACAGAUCACCGCUCUGGGUCAUUGAACUGGCUGGUAGCGAUUUGACUGUGAGACCAUGACUACACACAAUAUCCCUCUUUGAUGACCACUCCCCUUCCCCUCACUAUGCACCAUUCUCCAAUCGCCCACUCGACUCAAAAGUAAAAAACUUAGUGCAAGGGCAGACAGUACAAAAUGUUAUUUCUUAUUAGAAACAAAUCCAGAUUGUUGACAGUCUUGUCUUUUUACGUCCGAAUUACUGACGUUCAACUGUGUCUGGUUUAUGUAUAAAAAAAUCAGUCCAAGCUAGUAGCCUACAUUUUGGAAUUGUAUUUCGUUCAUUUUCAAUAUCUUUUAUUUGUAACAUAAUACAAUCAAUACAUGGAUCAUGCAUUGAUGACUUGAUAGAACUAGAUAAAUCGACUAUCUAUAGAUAAAUCGAUUGAUUUAUUAGAUCAAUUAGGGCUUUGCUGUAAAUCUGUACAGCUAUUUGACAGUAGUUUCUAAAAAUGUUAUACUGUAUAUGGUUUUGCAUAACUACUGAUUUUUAAAAUUUACAAUAUAUUAUCCAAGUGAUUUUUUUGAAUUAGGCGAUUCACUGUAAAAAAGGAGCACCCAAAUGGUCCUGGACUAUUGCUGACCUUCUUCAUUUUAAAAUAAUUAAUUUAAUAAUUCUUCAUUUUGAAAUAAUUAGUUGGAAACUAAACUAAAUUAAAAAUAGUAUUGUAAAAAUGAUGCACAGAAUAAACCCUAUUCUUUGUACAGGGUUUUAGACUUCAACAACCAUUGUACGAUAGGGUAAACAUAAAUAGCCAUUACAUUGAACUAUCUUAUAAAAAAUCUCCUCAUAAACUAAAACUGUGUAAUUAAGAGAGUUGGAAUCACCUUUUAAAAUUUACAUUUAAAGAAUAAAGAUUAUUUCAUUACAGAUCUUAUCCAGGCAGUUUGGAAACUCCUGUUAGUCCAGUUUAAUGAGGGUUUAUUAAUUAUUAUCAUCAAUCAAAUUAAAUUAUUUGGCUACCCUUAAUUAUUUAUUUUGUGUGUUAUCCUCACAAGUUUAGUUGUGAUGAACAGUAUUAAGUAAAAUACUUUAACUUUAACUGCAUGCAUACCUUUAAAAAUGUACGUUAAUGGUUUUAAGGAAUCCUGAUUCCUACUUGCUCGUUAAAGCCAUACCCAAUAUUAUAACAGCAGCAAACACAGUUGGUACGGAAUCUACCAAAACUUCCAUCACCAUUGUGAGAAACAACAUUGUUGAUUAAACAAAUCAGUCCAGUUGUGCCUUAACCUGGUAAAGAGUGUCAUCAUUGAGUACAUACGUUUAAGAGGGGACAGAUAAUGUUAAUAGUUGUUACCGAUUUUUGGCGACGUAGUUCGGGCCGCUGACGCUUGGGUCGCUGUAGUCGGUCGGUAGUGCAGUACGUCUCUGAGGACCUUUUAAUCAUUUAGUAUUGAAAAUGCAUCAUCAAACAACAAAACUACGACCAUUGAGUGUCUACUCUAGUACGUGUAUAGGCCUACUCAACGGUAUCAUUGAUCAAAUUCAAAUUUAUUCCCUGGUUUCUUUAUUACAGUUUUUUUUUAUUCUUUCUUUGAGUGAUAUGGAUGAUCGGCAAUUCGGAUAAUUGGAGUUCUACUGUAUAAUAUUUGUACGCUGAAGAUUAUGAAUCACCCUCUAAGUUUGAGAAGUAGUGCUGUGAUCUAUCCAAGACAGAGUGAUAGCUAAUUUGUCUUUAUUACUGCGACCUUACAUUAUGUUGUUCACAUUUGGUCCCAUAUUGUAGGCUCUAGGCUGACUAUUAAGUGUCAAGUGUAGUCAAUGCUUUUAACACACACAUUACAAUAAUUUACCUCUCAAAUUUUCAUUAGGUUGUUGUGUUUAAAUUGCCUUAUCAAAAUGCUAAAGAGCCUAAAAUGAACACCAGUUAGUGAUAAACCAUGUAGUUGACAUAGCUUUGUUAUGGUUAGCAUUAUAUUUAUAAUCUAUAAAAUUGUUAUUUAAUUUAAGGCAGAGCUCAGUGGAAGAUAAGGGAAGAAUGUCUUUGUAAAUUACAAAAGUAAUUUCAUUAUUAGCCUCAAGUGUCAUACUGUAUGUAUUUUAAUCAAUUUCUGACUUUGUUAAAUACUUAAAAAAAACUUAUAUAUCCCUUGUACCCAUUUAAAUUCUAACACUUCAUCUCCGAUUGCUAGGCAAAGUUAUACCACCAAAACAGCUAGCGUGGUUAAAAUAAAAUAACCGUAAUUUUAAUAAAAUGAUUGUAAGUAAUAACUGUAAUGGUUUUCCUGGAUUGGUAUUAAAAUAUAGUUGACAUUACAUAGUAAGCUCGCUAGUUUAUGCAAGGGAAACUGUAUACUCUCUUCUUUUUUAGUGCUUUUUGCCCUCUACACUGUUACAAUCGUUGAGUUUUCUUAUUUUAGAGGAGUUACACAUUGAUAUAAGUUUAUCUAUUAAUUACCUAGCACUGCUUUUGGAAUUUUUUUAAAACUAUUAAGAAGUAGGUUUUAAGGCUAUAGGUUGUGGCUUAUUUUUUAUGGUGUAUAAAAAUACUGUGCCUUUCACUAAACUAUUUAUGAACAUUUUUUCUUCUACACCUUGUGAAUGAGUUAAACCAUCUUUGUCUAAUAUUUAAUUGAACUUGCACAUCUGUCCUAGGCGAUCAAAAUAGUAUAUUUCAUCACUAGGGCGUAAAGUGACUCUUUUCGACUCGAGCUCAAGUUUUAUGAUCGAGGCAAAGCCCAGGUCGGAAAAUGAGCUGGGAAAAUGAGGGUUGGAAAGACACUUUUUGCCCAUGUGAUGAACUUUAUUUUUUGUCAUAUUGCAUCAUUAACAAACUAAGCUAGAAAACGAAAAUACUUAUCAUGUAAAGAUGACGUCUCAAAACAACUUCCAGCUAGUUUUCAAUUUUUCUAAUCAAAAUAUGCAGCUGUUAAGUGAUUAAAUCAUUUAGUCUAUUACGAUUGUCUUACUAUACAUUGAUUAUACCAUCGAUAUGUCAAACUAUUGACAAGAAACAAUAACUGUUUACAACAGCUGAUUGCUCCCCAGGGUCUAAAAUGAUUUUUACUUCCUAGGUUAAAAUGCUACUUUAGACCCACAAUACGGCAAUACAGUUGUUUUUGCUACAGUAUGACGAAAAAUAUUACUUUAACAUUGAAAAACUUAGUACCCAAGAAAAAAAUAUUUAUUAAAAUAAAAUAGUAAUAAUAGUAAAUAUAGUACUACACUAACAACAAAUCUAAAUAAUUUUGACCAUAAAAACCAUAAAGAUAAAUAUUUUCAAAUACAUAUUUUUUACUUGGGUACUUAGUUUUUCACUGUCUGAUAUUCCUUCAUAUAUAGUAGCCCUAUUAUUCUAUUUUUCAUACUUUAACAUUAUAUUAUUAUAUUUUCUGAUCUGAUACAGUAGUAUAACUCAAGUCACUCUUUUGAUAACCUGUAUGUAUUUCCCUUUCCACGCUUUCAUGUAGAACUCUAAUUAUAUUGUAAUAUUUCCAACUAAAUGCGCUUAUUAUUUGAUAGUCUUGUAAUAAGUGACCUUAAUAAAUAUCCUACAUUAUGGUAGUUAUUUUUUAGAUUGUAAAUUUCAAAUACUGUAUGUAUAGUUUUAUUGUAUAGUAAGUGUAAUGAUGUGAUAUCAGAAAUUUUUUGAAAGACAUAAAAAUUUUCUUUAAAAUGGAAACUUAUAUAAAUUUCAAAAUAUUAUUGUAAAAAUCAUUGACAGAAUAUACCCAAUUCUUUGGACGGGGCUAUUCAGACCUACAAUCGUUAUGCUACAGGGUAAAAAUAGCAAUUACAUUGAACUAUCUUAUAAAAGCGUCCUCAUAAAUUAAAACUGAAGAGGCAUGGAAUUUUGCUUUGUGAAAAUGGCAUUAUCUCUAUUCAAAGUAUUUGGAUAAGACUUUUUUACUUUGAAUAAUAAUUCACUAAAAAUUCAUUUAGGAUAAAAGUAAAAUCAUUCUCUCUUAUACAGGGUGUCCCGUAACUCUCUGGACACGUGUAUAUAGCAUUAUUGCUUAGGUCAAGACAAACACAUUUCACCAUAGGAACAUCUGAGGUGCCUAGUUUCUGUCUGUCUGUAUCAACCAUUUUAAAAUGGCGGUCAUUUAAAAUACUUGAUGGAAAAUUCAAGAAAACUGUUAGCUUUACAAAAAAAAUUGCAAGAGACAAAAAAAAUAGUAAAUUUUAUGUAGUUUUCAGUGAUACCUUAUUUGUUAAGAAUGGAUAAAUAAUAACAGAGAAAUGUGUUCUUUUCGUAAUGCAUGAACACUUUUCUCCAUUUUAACAAUGCUAAUACUCCUUUACAUUGUCUACUAGAACUAGACAAACAUACAUACAUACAUGUAUGUAUCUUUAAAUGACACACAAAAAAUAAUUGUACUUAAAUAAAAUACACAUGACGAAAUAAAUCACAUAACACUAAAUCACUAAAACAGUAUAACAGUAGUUUCUAAAAAUGUUAUACUGUGUAUGGUUUUGCAUAACUACUGAUUUUUAAAAUUUACAAUUUUUUUGAAUUAGGCGAUUCACUGUAAAAAAGGAGCACCCAAAUGGUAUAUAAACACCGAUUUUAAAUUAUUAUAUACCACCUAUUAAGUAAUUUAACACACGCAGUGUGUACCCUUAUUUAUUCAUAGUCAAUUACAUGACAGCAAAAUGUAACAUUAAUACCUCUCCCUAUUGACAUGCCAAUUAAUUCCAAUUCCAAUUAAUUGGGCCCGAACCCCAUCCGGAUUAUCAAAAUAUCCGAAUGAUUGAAAUUACUUUGGUGGUGAGCUCUUGUUUUGUUUCUCCAGCCAUGUCAUAUGCAAAGGUGAAGACAUUUUUUUGAAAAUGUCUAAAGAAGUGGAUUAGUUAAUCAACUAAUUGGUGGAGUUCAAACAUUAAUUGAGUGAUGAGCACAUUAAAUAGUUAUAUAUAAAACAUAUUCACUGGGUCAUAUGUUUAUAGACUACAAAUGCUAUAUUAAUAAAUUUAGUUUAAUUAGUGUAAUUAAAGGUCUUGUAAUUUAUUAUCUCUGUAGGCUAGUGGGUUAUUUUAAGUCAAUUGAAAUGUUUUUUAAGACAGUGUUGGCUCUUCUGUUACUGAGAAGUUUGUAGUAGUUAAAUGAGAUUGUUUUAACUAGCAAUCUAUCUAGAUACAGUGGAAAUGUUUUUUUUUAAGAGGUUGGCGGCCUCUUUUAACACCUAUAAUGAUCAGCCAGUUGUGGCAUAUCACUAGACUGGUAUAUAAUGUGUGGUCUUUACAAUCACCACGUCAAUCAGGAGUAUUAACCCUCCGAGUGUCAUGCGUCGCUGCAGCGACUCACGAACACUGUUUACGGCAAAGGCUCUAUGACUGCCUGAAUCGGAUUGAACUGGAUCGAGUUAGGUAUCGUUCUUUUCCUUAAAAUUUAAGCUUUCUCCAGAGGUCUGUCUCAGCGCUGUAUGUUCUCUGGCUGACGUGCGUAUUUGUAAGCAGCUUGGUUAUCCUCGGACCGAUGACUGAUGUGUUUUAUUACGUUUAUCAUUGUUUUAGUGUUAAAAAUCAAAAGUAGUGAUAUACGUGGUGCAUUAUAAGAAGAUUUAAGUGAUUUUGAAGGGCUGGUUGAUGAUCCUGAAGAAGUAGGUAGUGAUAUUGAUGUAAAUUAUCAGCCAGAUUCCUAGCUAUGGUUAGGCUAUGCAUUCUUAGCUAAACACAAUGUACUGAAAUCUGUUUUUCACUCAUAACUUAUUUAUUUGAUAACUUACCUCACUAUAUGAUUAUAUAUUUGUAAUCCUCAUAAAAUUUAGAACAAAGUGGCUAUUUUCAAAUAUUUAUAGGCCUAUAAUUUAUACAAUUUCAUUGAGCGCGAACUUAUUUUUUUUUUGACAAUUUUCCAAAAUAUUUUAUUUUUUUUACAAAUGUUCCUUAUGUUUUAUAUAUAAUAUUGAAGCCCAUGAUUUUCCAAACAAAAUGGUAUAUAGAACAGUAUAAUUAACAUUGUUUUUAAGCUUCUCAGAUCCGUUUUAAUAAAACCUUGCAAAUGAGCUAAAAAUAGGCAGACAUUAAGGCCAAAACAAGGGACACUCGGAGGGUUAAAACAACAGCUGAUUGAAUCAUGCAACCUGGGGCCCAUUUCAUAAUAAACUACAAGCUAAUUACAACUUGUAACUUGUAAUUUCCAUUAGAUUUGCAUUGGGCGAUCAGCUGAUUUACUAAUAAUAUUAGUUUGUAUUUUAUUAUGAAAUGGGCCCCUGAUUGACGGUCGUCAUUUUGACCAGUUGUUGUAAGUAAAGAUAAACAUUUUUGCAAAAUCUCAAACCGUUUAGGAGUUAUUAAUUCUUUUGUAAAAAACACAUAAAUACAGACAGACGGAAAACUAGGCAUCUCAAACCCAUGUUCCUAUGGUGAAAUGUGUUUGUCUUGACCUAAGGAAUAACCCUAUAUAAUGUGUCCAGAGAGUUACGGGACACACUAUACUUUUAUGCUGUAUGAUUUUAAUUUUAAGAUUCUAAAACUAUAUAGUUGUGUAUUUUUUUAAGUAGCAAACCCGAAAAAUACUAAAUAUAAAACUUGAAAGGAUAUGGUGGAUUAAAUAAAGAAAACUUUGCCUUUGAGAAACCCCCAACAGAAUUAAUUCUGUAAUUGAGAUUAAAUUGUUACCGUACUGGUUGUUUAUUUCCCUAUAAACUUGUUUUUUACUUAAUAAAUGACUAUUUUACACCAUAGGUCUGCAUGGCUCUGUCUAGAAUAGUUAGUUAUUGACACAACCAUUGAAAAUAUUUGUGUUUUUUUUACAUAAAUACAUUUAAAGCUGUGUUUUAAUUGUAUUUGGCAGCAAUAGUUAGUGUGUUUACCCGAUGAAUACAAACCCUUUAAGAAGAAACACUUAUGGAGAAUAGUCAGACUGGCAGCCGAAAUGAGCUUGCCCGGCGGCUGCGCUACUCUCUCUAUGCCGAUUCUUUGUCUCGCUUUCACUCACUCAGUCAGCUGACUUGGCCGCACGCUCGUGAUAUCCUACCUAGCGGCUGCCGCACAAAACACCCAAAAUUCAAAUUUUCCCAUAAAACGCAUUGCGCUUCUUAUAGGUUUUGUAUUCAUUGGUUUACCCCACCGUGUUUCUCUUUCAGUUAAAUACAUUGUUACAGUUAAUAAUACAUUGUUACAGAUAAUAAUACAUUGUGUUUAUUGACUCCCAAACAGGUGAGAUGUACAGAAUAUUAGACAAAUUAGUUUAAUAUGUAUAUAAUAUGCUUGUGAUGUGUAUUAUUUGAAAUAAAAUAUUUUAUUUUUGACAAAAGUAUAAUAAACAACAUUCUAAUAGAAAAUUCUUUGAAUCAAAUCGUUGCAUCGAAUCGAAUAAAAAAUUAUUUGAUCAAAUCGUUGCAUCAAAUAGAAAGGUUUUGGCUGCUUCGCACACCCCUAAAUAUCAGUACGGUAUCACGUAUAUAAAUAAAAUACCAUAACAAUUCAACAAUUAUUUUAUGUACAAUCAACAGAGCACUACAGUGUCUAGCUCUCUGGAAAUCCCAUCUUCUUCUCAGCUUCAUAAUCAGGAGCCUUGUAAUCAACUUUGUCUGUGAUUUUAAAGCCUUCUACUCUGAUUAUUGUAGGAUUUGGCGCAUUCAUGAGUUCUGCGUAGUAAGCACCUGAAAAUAGUAAAUGUAUAGAACUACUGAUAGUGUAUUGAUUGAUAAGUCAAUUAUAAUAACUAUUUCUUUUUAUUACAUAGGUUAUUUACUGUACAUGAAUGCAAACAUGUUUAAAGCAAGGUCUGUCCUGAAAUUAACAUACAUUUCGACUUGGCGAUGACAGCAAAUCUGGCGUCGACGAUCAGUAGCGAACCUGUUAACUGAACUGUGAUUCAAUAUCCCUUUGGUUGUAUACUCUAAGAUGUUAUUAAACCUAUUCUAGAUUUCUUGUAGGCCUACUUAACAUUCUGAUGUGACUCAUGAGCUAAUGCAUGAAUUAAAAAGAGUAGUAGGCUACAAAUGCUAUAUUAAUAAAUUUACAAAGCUCUCAACAUUUUAUUGACUUUCACACUGUGUGCUGAGACAUAAAAUAGUCAAAACCCUGUGUUUUGUGGAAAAGGCUACAAAAGAGUACUUACAGAUGUGGUUAGGUUUAGUAUAUACCCUACCCAAAUAAACAAUUUAAUCACUAUCUCUAGGUUUAGUAUAUACCCUACCCAAAUAAACAAUUUGAUCACUAUCUCUGUAAACAUAGACAUUCACCAGCCAAAUGUUUUGGAAAUUUAAAUAAAGUUACAAGUUAUUUUAAAUUUAUUUACCUGGGCGUUUAGUUAUGUCAUCUUCAAGGUCUGUACCAAAAAACUCUGACAAGACUCUUUUUUUAGAAUACAUAUUGUACCCAACAAUUCCCAAUGCAUUCCAUGCAAAAAAAGCAUAGACAAAUGAUAGCCUCAUCUGCCAUAUUGAAGCAUCAUAUUCAUUCAUCGGUUUCAUUCGUUUU